UCAGUGGCUACGACAGCGCGAGGAGCGCGAGCUGUGUGUCUUUUAUUUUUUUUAUAUCGCGGUGCCAUCAUUCGGUUUAACAUGGACCUGGAGCUCAGUGCCGCGGACUGUUAGACGGUUCCGAACCGGGCUUCUGUUUUUGAGGCACACAGAGAAAUGUGGAGGAACUGAAGGUCCUGAUAGGCUGAAAACCAGAGAUUAGAUAAUGGGCUGUGUGCAAUGCAAGGAUAAAGAAGCAACCAAACUCACAGACGAGCGAGACACCAGCAUCUCUCAGAGCGCCGGCUACCGUUAUGGCGCCGACCCCACGCCGCAGCAUUACCCCAGCUUUGGGGUCACCGCCAUUCCCAACUACAACAACUUCCACACACCCGUCGGACAGGGGAUGACCGUCUUUGGAGGUGUCAUCACAUCCACUCACACGGGAACCCUGAGGACUCGUGGAGGGACAGGGGUCACCCUCUUUGUGGCACUUUAUGACUAUGAAGCACGAACAGAAGACGACCUCAGCUUCAGGAAAGGAGAAAAGUUCCAGAUUAUCAACAGCACUGAAGGUGAUUGGUGGGACGCUCGCUCGCUCACCACCGGCGGCAGCGGCUACAUUCCCAGUAAUUACGUGGCUCCGGUGGACUCCAUCCAGGCUGAGGACUGGUACUUUGGUAAACUGGGUCGAAAGGAUGCAGAGAGGCAGCUGCUUUCCAUCGGGAACCCCCGUGGCACCUACCUGAUCCGGGAGAGCGAAACCACGAAAGGCGCCUUCUCCUUGUCGAUACGGGACUGGGACGAUACAAAAGGCGACCACGUCAAGCACUAUAAGAUCCGCAAGCUGGACAGCGGCGGCUACUACAUCACCACCAGGGCUCAGUUUGACACGUUGCAGCAGCUGGUUCAGCACUACUCAGACCGAGCCGCUGGGCUCUGCUGCCGCCUGGUGGUGCCGUGUCACAAAGGGAUGCCCCGGCUUGCUGACCUGUCUGUCAAAACCAAAGACGUGUGGGAGAUUCCGCGGGAGUCCCUGCAGCUGAUCAAACGUCUCGGGAACGGGCAGUUUGGGGAGGUCUGGAUGGAGAGUGCGGAUGGUUUGUGCUUUAAUUUAACGGGCGUGUGUGUGAACUACAUCCCCGACACUCUGGGCUUGAGUCAUGAUGCCUGGGAGAUCAGCAGAGAUGCACUAGAGUUGGACCUAAAGCUGGGGACGGGAUGUUUUGCUGAUGUGUGGUAUGGCACGUGGAACGGCACCACCAAGGUGGCGGUGAAGACUCUGAAGCCUGGCACCAUGUCCCCGGAGUCCUUCCUGGAGGAGGCUCAGAUCAUGAAGAAGCUUCGCCACGACAAGCUGGUGCAGCUGUACGCAGUGGUGUCGGAGGAGCCCAUCUACAUCGUCACGGAGUACAUGGGAAAAGGAAGCUUACUGGACUUCUUGAAGGAUGGAGAAGGACGAAGCUUGAAGCUGCCAAACCUGGUGGAUAUGGCUGCACAGGUGGCAGCGGGCAUGGCGUACAUCGAGAGGAUGACCUACAUCCACAGAGACCUGCGAUCUGCCAACAUCCUGGUCGGAGACAACCUGGUGUGCAAGAUCGCUGACUUCGGCCUGGCCAGGCUCAUCGAAGACAACGAGUACACGGCUCGACAAGGUGCAAAGUUCCCCAUCAAGUGGACCGCCCCAGAGGCCGCGUUGUACGGGAAGUUCACCAUCAAGUCGGACGUGUGGUCCUUUGGCAUCUUGCUAACAGAGCUGGUCACUAAAGGCCGGGUGCCUUAUCCAGGCAUGAAUAACCGCGAGGUUCUGGAGCAGGUGGAGCGAGGCUACAGGAUGCCGUCUCCGCAGGACUGUCCCGUCUCACUGCAUGAGCUCAUGCUGCAGUGCUGGAAGAAGGACGCCGAGGAGCGGCCCACCUUCGAGUACCUUCAGGCCUUCUUGGAGGACUACUUCACAGCCACCGAGCCUCAGUACCAGCCUGGGGACAACUUGUAAAUCCCUGCAGGCCACGUACGGUCCACAGGACUGCUGG